AUGUCAACCACCACUGUGACUAGCACCACUCAAUCUAAUCUUUCACCCAUCGUAAUGUUUGGACCAUCAGGAACAGGCAAAUCAACACUUUUAAAAAGACUGCAAUCAACUCCUCAAUGGUCUCAAUUCGGUUUCUCUGUCUCUCAUACAACCCGUAAACCAAGGCCUGGAGAAGUGAAUGGAAUAGCUUAUCAUUUUGUUGAACGUGAUGAAUUUCAAAGUUUGAUUUCUCAAGGUGCAUUUAUUGAACAUGCUGAGUUUAGUGGGAAUUGUUAUGGUACUUCUCUUAAAGCAGUUUCAGAUGUGGCUAUUAAAGAAGGAAAGAGUUGUAUUUUGGAUAUAGAUGCUCAGGGUGUCAAAUUGAUCAAAGCUAAUCAUCCACAUCUUAAACCGUUCAUCAUCUUCAUCUCACCUCCAUCCCUUCGAUCUCUAACCGAGCGUUUAUCAGCUCGAGGAACUGAAACUCCUGAAAGUUUAGCUGCUCGUGUAGGAAUGGCUCAAAGUGAAAUCGAAUAUGCUUCGACUGGCGUUCCAGAUGUUAUUAUCGUUAAUGAUGAUCUUGAUCGAGCUUAUGAAAAGUUCUUUAAAGCUUGUGUGAAUCGUGAUCGAACUGUAUCAGAUACUCUUCCUAGCGAUAUCUUGACUACUAGUUCAUCUUAA